AAGUACGGAAAGGAGGAAAAACACGGCCCCGAGGUUCAAUCCUCGCUGACACAGCGCGGCUCCGUCAGGGCACCAGCCGCCGAAGGAUGGCGGCGCUGGCCGCGAGCCGCCGCCUCCUCCUCCUCCUGCUCCGGCCGGAGCUGGACCCGUGCUUGCGCCCCCGCGCCCUUAACCCCUAUUCCGGCCGGGCGAGGUGGGCCGGCGGCGUCCGGCGCGCGCCUGUGCUGGUGAGCUUCCGACGAGGUUUCUCCGACGAGGGGAGCGCGUACGCCGCGAAGAACAAUGCUCCGGACGAGCAGUUCCUGCAGCUCUCGUUAGAAGGCGGAGAAGGUGAUGACGUGGUGCCCGGAAUCAGCAAAAGUGUCGUGAAGGAUGCGAAGAAGAGCGCCAUCGAACUGCUUGCUGUCAGAGCAUACAGCGUUUCUGAGCUCAGGAAGAAACUAUGUGGUAAGAAUUAUUCUGUCCAUACAGUCGAUUCUGUGAUUGCUGAUUUCAAGUCAAGGGGCCUGUUGAAUGAUGGUUAUUAUGCGGAAUCAUUUUCACGAUCCCGGUGGCAGUCAUCAACUUGGGGUCCAAGGCGUAUAAAGCAGGCACUUCGCCAAAAAGGGGUGCCAGAGGCCGAAGUGGACCAGGCGACAAGGAGCGUGUUCCAGGACGACUGUGGUGACGAAGACCAGGCAUCACAUGGGUUCUCAGAAGCUUCCAUGGAUCAUCUCUUCGCUCAGGCCUCCAAGCAGUGGCUGCGGGGAAGCAGCUUGCCCCUGGAGAAACGGCGUGCGCGCAUGGUGAGAUGGCUUCAGUACAGAGGCUUCAGCUGGGCCGUGACCAAUUCCAUUAUCAGGAAGCUGGAGGCACAGCACCCUCCCUGACCUUAGCCUUCUGCUCUAAAUUGUUUUCGCUGUAAGUUAGUGCGGUGUGGCAAGUAUCUGCUGCUAGAAGCAGCCUCUGCCUGCUCAAUCUGGUUCCUGAUUAACAUGAUAUAUUGAUAUAAUGACUUUCUUCUUCGUA